UUUUCCUUCAUCCGCAAGGGGAUGGAAGAUACCAGAAAAUGUCAAUUUUAUGUUUUUGUAUCAUAUGUUCGACGAACAGUAUACUUUUUCAUGUAUACAAAAGAAAAAAUAAAAACAACAGUAUCACUAUCUAAUCUGUUAUAAACAUAAAUAUCAGAUAAGGAAGAUUCUCAGCCUCUUCUCUGAUUAAACUCUUUUUUCUUUGAGAAAAUUCUCUUCUUUUGUUUGUCUUUUUAGUAAAAGGGUUUCUUUUUCUUUCUCACGUUUCCCUUACAAUUUUGUUUUCCAUUGACUUUCUGACUUGAUAAACUCAAGUAAUAAUUGCUCGUCUAUAAUUAUAACUGUUAUUCAAAUAUUCUUUCUUUAGCUACAAUUUUUAGCAGUGUUACACUAUUGGGUACCUUUGAAAAACAAGUUCCUAUCACAUGAUUCAAAGUUAUUUUCUAUUUUUAUCUGGUUUCUCUUAAACUCUUUCAUGGCAUCUCUUCUUUUUUUUUUUUAAUUUUUUUAAAUUAUCAAUAAUAAUUUGUUUGGGUUUUAAAUGAAAUGCAAAAAAGUAGUUGGGUUAUACUAAAUGUGUUAAGGUUUGGUUUGUUUAUUUCAUCUGAAAGUCAAAGUUGAAACAUGGCAGCCUGGUCCACAAUCUCUACCAAAGAUUAAACUAAUUAAGAUGAAAAAGAAUUUGUGAACAAUGUAUGCUGUUUAAGUAAAUACUUUGCUUCUCUCUUGUCAUUUCUGGGGAUCUUCAUUUAUGAAAUGGGGUUCUUUUCUUCAUCAUUUUAGUGGUUCAUAUGGCUGCUUGCUAAUGGUUUCAGAUAGAGAGAGCUUCAUUAACUUUUCUUUUCUUUUCUUUUUUUUUCCCAUUUCUUUGCUUGUUCAUAAAUAGAAUCCUUGUCUGAUUGGUUCCUGGAUCUUCUUUGCAGCUGGUUUCUGUUUCCAGAAUCUUGCUUUAUAACUUCAUCUUCUUCUGAAGACUGCAAAAGUUUCUUGAAUUUUAGUGUUUGGACCAUUUGAAUAGGAUUAAAUUUUGUGCAAAAGAAAUGGCUGGUGGAAGGAGGAAAAAACAACAUUUUAGCAGAAUUCAUGCUUUCACAUGUGGGAAAGCAUCUUUUAGAGGGGAUCAUUCAUUGAUUGGAGGCCCUGGUUUCUCUAGAGUAGUAUAUUGCAAUGACCCUGAAUGUUUUGAAGCAAGUUUGCUUAACCAUGGUGGAAAUUAUGUUAGAAGUACAAAGUAUACACUUGCAACGUUCUUCCCAAAAUCAUUGUUUGAGCAAUUCAGGAGAGUUGCCAAUUUCUAUUUUCUAAUCUGUGCUAUACUGUCUUUUACACCACUCUCUCCAUACUCACCUAUCAGUAAUGUUCUUCCAUUAGUUGUUGUAAUUGGAGCCACUAUGGGAAAGGAGGCCGUCGAAGAUUGGAAGCGAAAAAAGCAGGACAUUGAAAUGAAUAACAGGAAAGUUAAAGUGCAUCAAGGUGAUGGUGGUUUUGAGCAUACGAAAUGGAUGGAUUUGAAAGUGGGGGAUAUAGUCAAGGUGGAGAAGGAUGAAUUCUUUCCUGCAGAUCUUAUUUUGCUGUCAUCAAGUUAUGAAGAAGCUAUUUGCUAUGUUGAAACGAUGAACCUCGAUGGGGAAACCAAUUUGAAACUAAAACAAGCAUUGGAAGCAACUUCAAGUCUGCAUGAGGAUUCGAGCUUUCAAAAUUUUAAGGCUGUCAUCAGAUGUGAAGAUCCGAAUGCAAACUUAUACUCUUUUGUUGGCAGUUUGGAGUUCAGAAAAGAACAAUAUCCACUAUCUCCUCAGCAGCUUCUACUUAGGGACUCGAAAUUACGGAACACAGAUUAUAUUUUUGGUGCAGUUAUCUUCACAGGACAUGACACAAAGGUCAUUCAAAAUUCAACCGAACCUCCUUCUAAGAGAAGCAAGAUUGAGAGGAGGAUGGAUAAGAUUGUGUACGUUCUGUUUGCUUUGCUCGUUUUGCUGUCUGUUAUUGGGUCGAUUUUCUUUGGAAUAGCAACUAGGGAGGACCUGGAAAAUGGAAAAAUGACAAGAUGGUACCUUAGACCUGAUGAGACCACAGUUUAUUAUGAUCCGGAAAGAGCAACAGUUGCUGCAAUUUUGCAAUUUCUGACAGCCCUGAUGUUGUAUUCGUAUUUGAUUCCCAUUUCCUUAUAUGUAUCCAUUGAAGUUGUCAAAGUUCUCCAGAGCAUUUUCAUCGACCAAGAUCUACACAUGUACUAUGAAGAAGCAGACAAGCUGGCACGAGCUCGAACCUCGAAUCUAAAUGAAGAACUUGGUCAGGUUGAUACAAUACUUUCUGAUAAAACCGGAACUUUGACUUGCAACUCAAUGGAAUUUAUCAAAUGUUCUGUAGCAGGAACAUCUUAUGGUCAUGGAGUAACUGAAGUCGAAAGAGCUCUCGCUUGGAGAAAGGGUUCGCCUUUGGCCCAAGACGUGACAGAGGAAGAGGGACAAGUAGAGGAGUUUAAGAAAGAAAAGCCAUCUGUCAAAGGGUUCAACUUUGUGGAUGAAAGAAUGAUGAAUGGGAAUUGGAUAAAAGAACCUCGAGCAGAUGUAAUCCAGAAGUUCUUACGACUAUUGGCUGUCUGUCACACUGCAAUACCUGAAGUGGAUGAAGAAGCAGGAAGAACUUCAUAUGAGGCUGAAUCACCAGAUGAGGCAGCAUUUGUCGUUGCUGCCAGAGAACUGGGAUUUGAGUUCUAUGAAAGGACACAAACAAGCAUUUCAUUCUACGAGUUCGAUCCACUCUCCGGAGAAAAAGUUGAAAGAUCUUAUAAUCUAUUGAACAUCUUGGAAUUUAGUAGCUCAAGAAAGCGGAUGUCGGUGAUUGUGAGGAAUGAGGAGGGAAAGCUCCUGCUACUUUGUAAAGGUGCUGACAGUGUCAUGUUUGAAAGACUUGCAAAGAAUGGACAAGAAUUUGCAGAGCAAACCAAGGAGCACAUUGCAGAAUAUGCCGAUGCCGGUUUGAGGACUUUGGUAAUUGCAUACCGUGAAAUAGAUGAGCAAGAAUAUGUCGAGUUCAAUGAGCAGUUCACAGAAGCCAAGAACCUAGUGAGUGCUGAUCGCGAAGAAAUGAUUGAGGAAGUUGCAGGAAAGAUUGAGAGGGACUUGAUUCUUCUUGGUGCUACAGCUGUUGAAGACAAACUUCAAAAUGGGGUUCCUGAAUGCAUUGACAAACUCGCACAAGCUGGGAUCAAAAUAUGGGUUCUAACAGGAGAUAAGAUGGAGACAGCAAUAAAUAUUGGCUUUGCUUGUAGUUUGCUUAGACAAGGAAUGAAGCAAAUAGUAAUAAAUCCAGAGACUCCAGAAAACAAGGCAUUGGAGAAAUCGGAUGACAAAUCCGCUGCUGCAGCUGCAUUUAAGGCAAGCGUUCUCCAGCAGAUAGCUGAAGGAAAGCGGCUGCUUUCUUCAUCAACCAAAAAUUCCGAGGCAGUGGCUUUAAUUGUUGAUGGCAAGUCACUAACUUAUGCUCUGGAAGAUGAUGUCAAAGACAAUUUCCUAGAACUUGCCAUUGGCUGUGCAUCCGUUAUUUGCUGCCGUUCAUCUCCUAAACAGAAGGCGCUAGUUACACGGCUAGUUAAAUCUAAAACCGGAAGUACAACUCUAGCAAUUGGUGAUGGAGCAAAUGAUGUUGGUAUGCUUCAAGAAGCCGAUAUUGGCGUUGGUAUUAGUGGUGUGGAAGGAAUGCAGGCUGUCAUGUCGAGUGACAUCGCAAUUGCCCAGUUCCGUUUUUUGGAACGCUUGCUUCUUGUGCAUGGACAUUGGUGUUAUAGAAGGAUUUCAUCAAUGAUAUGCUACUUCUUUUACAAGAACAUUGCAUUUGGCUUCACAAUCUUCUUCUAUGAGAUAUACGCAUCGUUCUCGGGUCAAGCUGUAUACAAUGACUGGUUCCUAUCCCUCUAUAACGUCUUCUUUACAUCACUUCCCGUGAUUGCUCUGGGAGUUUUUGACCAGGACGUCUCUUCACGUUUAUGUCUCAAGUUUCCUCCAUUAUAUCAAGAAGGAAUCCAGAAUGUCCUCUUCAGCUGGCUUAGAAUCCUUGCCUGGUUAUUUAAUGGUGUGCUUAGUGCCACCAUAAUCUUCUUCUUUUGCAUUCGAGCGAUGCAACAUCAGGCAUUCCGCAAAGGAGGUGAAGUUGUUGGCUUGGAAAUCCUUGGCGCUACGAUGUAUACAUGUGUGGUAUGGGUAGUUAACUGUCAAAUGGCACUAUCCAUCUCUUAUUUCACAUAUAUACAACAUCUCUUCAUCUGGGGUGGCGUAGUUUUUUGGUACAUAUUCCUCAUUGCAUAUGGAGCCAUAGAUCCGGACAUUUCGACCUCUGCAUACCAGGUCUUUAUCGAAGCAUGUGCACCGGCAGGGUCGUAUUGGCUUCUGACACUCCUCGUGCUAAUUGCCUCGCUGCUACCGUACUUCACUUACUCGGCCAUCCAAAUGCGGUUCUUCCCAUUGUAUCAUCAGAUGAUACAGUGGAUUCGAAGUGAUGGACAAACCAACGACCCUGAGUAUUGUCAUAUGGUGCGACAGAGAUCACUAAGUCACACAACAGUAGGUUAUACGGCACGUUUCGAAGCAAAAUCGAAGAGCUCGAAAGAGAGAGCUUGGGAUCAUUGAUGAUCGUCCUGGCUGAAACGCGGAUUCAUUCAUAGACGGGUGAGAGAAUUUAAACUGCAACUUAUCGUAUUACAGUGGUUAUUUAAAUCCUUUUGUUUUUAUACUGAAAAAUUGCUGUAUAUUGCUCCUGCUACAAGAGUUCCUUUUAAAUGUACAUAAUACGCAGAAGAUCUAGAUAUAUAGGCUCUGAGUUGUAUUUCUGAGGCCAUAUCACAUUUUGCAGCUAAACCUGUAAUUUUAUGAAAGAUGUACCUUUUAUACAGAGAGAGAGAGAUUCAGUUCAGUAUGAUUGGUAUUAAUAUUUAUUAAUAUAGUGUAACUUACAAAUA